AGUUGAAAAGACAACUGACUACCCUUCGGCUGAGUACUCCCUGGUGGAGGAUGUAGCCCUCCACUUCACGUGUUUGAUGGACAGACUGAAUGAGCAGCGCCUCUUUCAGCCGGACCUGUGCGACGUGGACAUCGUGCUGGUGCAGCAGAAGAGCAUCUUCCCAGCGCACAAGGGGGUCCUCGCCGCCUACAGUCAGUUCUUCCACUCUCUCUUCACCCAGAACAAGCAGCUGCAGCGCGUGGAGCUGUCACUGGAGGCCCUGACCUCGCAAGGCCUCCAGCAGAUCCUCAACUUCAUCUACACCUCCAAGCUGCUGGUCAACUCCUGCAAUGUGCAGGACGUGCUGAACGCGGCCGCCGUGCUGCAGAUGAACAACAUCGCCUCCUCCUGCCAGGACCUCCUUGACACACGGUCCCUGAGCCUGGCCAUGGCCAGCGACAUGGCCCUGCCUCCCGAGGGCUGUGCCAACACCGUCCCCCCACCCUACUACUGUGAGAUCAAGCAAGAGGUGGAUGCCCCGCACCCCAAGAUCUAUGCGCGGGAAGGCAAUGACCCCUACUCAGUGCGCGUGGAGGACGGGGCAGGUGGUGGGACGCUCCCUGCUGUGCCGGCCAAGCAGUACUACAAGGAGGAGAAGGACGGCGGUCCAGCUGCUGUCUGUAAAAUGGAAGGCGAGGAGUCUGAGGAGGACCUGGACAGCCAGGGCUCGUACAACCGGGAGCAGAUCAUCGUGGAGGUGAACCUCAACAACCAGACUCUCAACGUCUCCAAAGGGACGGAGGGGAAGCCGGCCGCGGCUGCUUCUGCGGCUGCUGCGGCCAUGGGACGGCCUGAUGGCGAUGGGCGCGACACUGAGGAGGACGGGGAAGAAGAGAAUGAGGAAGGGGAGGAGGAGGAGGAGGAGGAGGAGGAUGCAGAGGUGGAGGAGGAGGAGGAAGAGCACAGUGAGGAGGAAGACUUAGAGGAGACAACGGAAGAAGAGGAAGAGGAAGAUGAUGAUGAAGAUGCAUCGGAGGUGAAAAGAGAAAAGAGCGGACAGCCCCGCAGAGCCAGCCGAGCACCCAAAGCCACCAAAUCUGCCAUGGCCACCAGGUCCCAGGAGAUGGCCAAGGUGGAAGAAGAGGAGGAGGAGGAAGAGGAAGGCCAGCGAGGGAGGAAGAGGAAGAAGGAGCAGGAUGGGUUGGGCCAGAAGGUGAAGCUGGAGGAGAAGCAGCACUACCCAUGCAAGAAGUGCCCCCGGGUCUUCAACAACCGCUGGUACCUGGAGAAGCACAUGAACGUGACACACAGCCGCAUGCAGAUCUGCGACAAAUGUGGGAAGCGCUUCCUGCUCGAGAGCGAGUUGCUCCUGCACCACCAGACUGACUGCGAGAAGAACAUCCAGUGUGUGACGUGCGGGAAGGGGUUCAAGAAGCUCUGGUCGCUCCAUGAGCACAACAAAAUUGUCCACGGCUACGCGGAGAAGAAGUUCUCCUGCGAGAUCUGCGAGAAGAAGUUCUACACGAUGGCCCACGUGCGGAAACACAUGGUUGCUCAUACCAAGGACAUGCCGUUCACAUGCGAGACGUGCGGGAAGUCCUUCAAACGCAGCAUGUCCCUGAAAGUCCAUUCGCUCCAGCACUCUGGGGAAAAGCCAUUUAAAUGUGAGGUAGGUAACUUUUCUGGCAGAAGGCAGGUCGGGCUGGCCGUGUCAUGGGGCAGCAGGAGCAGGCUGGGCUGAGAGGCAGGUUCUCUGCCCUUUCCACGGCAGUGCCCUUUCCAUUUGCACUUCCUUCCAAAUGGGGACAAAAACGCUGAUUUUUAGGGAAGACCUUCCACUUCUUGGAGUGUCCUCUCUGCUUUAUACUGGCGCAGCUGUAGAGAUGUUUUCCCCGUCUCACCCAAGCUUUAUGUCCCCUCUGGUCUUGAGGGUCCUACCAACCCUAUAAUGAAACUGGUCCCUCUGGGUGACGCCCACUGAUAGCAGGGUCUGCUCCUCCCUCUAGUGACUGGACAGCAUAUCACACUCGGAACCCACCUGACCUUCAAGUCUGGGGCCCAAUUUUGUCUUCGGCUGCCUGAGUCAGAGGAGCCUUGGCCUCGGCUCACCACCGAGGCUGGACGUUCAGGGUGCCAAUGGCGGCUCGAGGUGCUGAUGGUAUUGGGAGCCAUGGGCUCCAGUCCGGCAUGGACUAAGCUCUUCCCUAAAGCCUGGAGGAAGACAGAGGCCAGGGAUAUAUCCUCCAAAGCUGUGUGUUUGAGCUUUUUCAGAAAAAAAGUGAAUUCUGCAAUGCUCCAGCUGGUGGCUGCAGAUACCAAGGGCAGAUAGGGGGGAUAGCAGGUCCUUUAGAUGCUAGACCACGAGAGAGGAGAUAUAGCCCCUGUGAUGCCACUGACUCCUUGCGUAGCCCUGGGCAAGUCCCGUGGACUCAGGGCUCGACAGUAUCCCCGGGUGGGAGUCGAAACACUGAGUUGGAGAACAUAGGGAGAGAGGUGGGUACG